AUGGCGGCGCUGCGGGGCGGAGCGGUGCCCGCCGCGGCCGGGGCCGGGACCGGGAGCUGCGGGGGCUCGGCGGGGGCCGUCCCGCGGGGGCCGGGUCCCGGCGGCGCCCCUCGCCCGGCUCCCUUCCGCGCCGGCAGCCCCCUGCAGUGCUUCUCCUUCGAUGAGGACGACCUGAACUUGACGUCGCUGGACGCAGAAACCAUCCUGGAGGCCGAGGAGAUCCUGGGGACGAUGCAGAACUACCUCGACUCCUCCGUCAUCUCCAUCAUCGAGGACCUCUCCCUGAGCGAGCAGAGCAAGGCCUGCCUGGACGCGCAGAACGAGCUGUCCCUGCUGACGGCCAUCACGGAGAUCCUGGACAGCACGGACGACGAGACCCUGUCCCCCUUCGACACCAUCAUGGACGCGGAGCUGCUCACCUCGCCUCGGGAGCGGGAGAAUCCCUCGUUUCAGAAGUUUCUCAGCUUGUCCCGGCCGGCCCUCGAGUGCGAGAGCCCUGCCCUGGAGCAGCCCAAGGGGCUCCGGCCUCCGAGCCGCAGCGGCAGCGUGUCCUUGUCUGGCAAGCCCGACGUGGAGCUGCCGUGGGAGCGCGUGGCUCACGGACUGGAGGAGCCGGCGGCGCCGAAGAAGCAAACCUGCAGCACCCCGAGGGUGGAGAGGAAGCAGGGCUGGCUGCGGGCCCGCGAGCAGCCCCUGCCGCAGCGCAGCGACGGGGAGGAGGAGGAGGAGGAGGCUGCCUCCAGCCCGGAGCUGGACAGCAGCACGGAGGCCGCGGAGUUCUGCGUGAGCGGGGCCGAGGCGAUGCCGGAGGAGCACGAGGACCCCUGCAUCAUCAACACCGGCGACGUGUCCCUGAGCGAGCUGGUGAAAUCCAUGCACCCCUACUGCCUGCCCACCUUCACCGUCUGCCUGGACCCCGAGACCGAGCCCGUGGCCAAGGAGCUCCUGAGCGGUCCCGUCCUGCUGGAAAUCGUGCCUGGCGAGGGGGAGAGCGUGGAGAUCCCCGUGGUGCUGCAGCCCCUGGCCCCCAGCUUCCCUGGCCUGGAGCCCCAGCUGCUGGGCGCAGGGGACACCGGGGAGUCGAUCCCGGAGCAUCGAGAGGAGCUGCCGGGAGAUCCAGCGCAGGAAAACGGGGUGAAGGAGGAGAGAGAGCCCAGGCAGGAGCCCUCCUACCAUGCCCCGGAGAGCAAGUCCCCAGCGGAGGCCGUGGGGAUGGGUGGCAAGCGCGAGGGCUGCGAGAAGGGGCGCGGACGCGAGAGAGCGAGGAAGAGUCGGAAAAAGAAAGCGGAGGAAGGGCCGAGCGAGGAGCCCCGGCCGGGCAGGGACUGCGUAGCCCACCGGCUGCGCUCGGGGCGGCCGCGGCGGGCGGCGCGUCCCUCCCCGCAGGUCUCGGACUUCCUGGCGCGGCAGCUGGAGCGAGCCAAGAAGGAGGGCCAGAUGGAGCUGCGUGCCGAACGGGCGCCGCGGCCACGCGGCCGGCCCCGGGGCACGGCGGGGGCCUCCCUGCCCAAGAAGGAGCACCCGGAGCCACAGAAGGAGCCACAGCCAGAAACGGCGAGCGUGGAGCCGGAGAAGGGUGAAACCGUGGAGCCUUUGGAGAAGAUUUCGGUGGAGCCACAAGCGGUGCCGCAGCCCAGCCCGGAGGACCGGGAUGAGGGCAAGGGGACGGUGCAGCCAGGCGGCGAGGUGGCGGAGGCUGCCUCUCCGCUGCCAGAGCAGGGCACGGGGACGGAGCCCCCCCAGAGCCUGCCGGCGGCAGAGCCGAGCGAGAGCCUGCCCAAAGAAGCCAAGCCCAAGGCCCUGAGCCUGCGGGAGUACCGCAUGCGCAUGCUGCACCGCCAGCCCAGCCCGGGCGGCAAGAAGGAGGGCGAGAAGCAGGCGGCCAGCAAGUGGCCCAGCGUCCCCGAGCCUCCGACGGAGCUGGCGGACAUCCCCUGCCUGGUGUCCCCCGCGCGCCCGGCCACCGAUACCGCCGGUGCUCAGAAGAGCCCGGAGAAACCCGCCAGCCCCCUCGCUGUGCCUCCUCCUGCCAGCAAACCUCCCGCUGCCCCGGCUCCAGCUCCGGCCCCGGCCUCGGCCCCGCUGCCUCCGGCCUCAGCACCGCCGGCGCCGGCCUCGGCCCCGCUGCCUCCAGCCACGCCGAUGCCUUUCGUCGCGCCCCCCGUGCCCCCAGCUGCCGGGGCGCCCCCCCCCGGGAUGCCGCCAGCCUCUGCGGGCGCUUACGCCCUUUAUCCACCAGUGCCUUCCUGGCCCUGCUUCGGCCCGCAGCCCGUGGGCUGCCACGGUUUGCCCCCGCCGCCCAGCGCCGGCGCCCCCGGCGCUUUCCACAUGGUGCCUGGCAUCCCGCCUCCACCGAUGGCCUGGCCCCCGCCGGCACUGCCGCCCCCGCCACCUUUUGGCCCCUACGGCCCCCCGGUGGGCUGGGCCCCCCCAUCCUACUGGCCAGGUAUCCCCAUACCGCCUCCAGUGCCUCCCCUGGCAUACGGGGACCCCGGAGCCACGCUGCAGGGCGCUGCACCCACCGCUUUCCCGGCUGCUGGCCCCCCCGGCACGGCCCUCCUGCACGGGCAGCCUCCCGUGGCCCCCACACCCAGCUGCCCGGAGCCGCCGGCCUUCCCCGCGCAGCCCCCCCCGGGCGCCGAGACGGGGGCUGCGGGCGGGCAGCCCAGGCCGGCUGCCAGCAGGGUGUCGGACCCCAGGAGGCAGGCACGGCUGGCGGGGGAGAGCCCCCUCCCCAAGGCCCCCCCGGCUCCAGCCCCUGCCCAGCCCCAGGCAGCUCCAUCGGCUGCCGCUGCCCAGCCCGGCAGGGUCCCUCCUGCGGCGCCGGCACCGCACGCGGCUGCUCCCACCCAGCCGUCAGAGGAGCCCCCUGCCGCAGCCCCCCAGCCAGCAAAGCCCCCCCCGGCUGUCACCCCGAGCCCUACGGAGGUGUCGGCCGCUGCAGGCCCUGCUGCGGGGUCCCCUGGCACGCACCCCACGGAGGAGGCCAAGGGGGCUGCGGAGAAGACCCCUGCGGAGCCGUCCGGCCGCAAGCCCCCCUCCCAGGCUGCGGCACCGCCGCCCAAGCCGCCUGCCGCACGGCUCUCGAGGCACCAGCCGCUCGUCAGCCCGGCGCAGCCCAGCGACAGCAGCAAGGACAUCGUGCGAGCCUUCAUCAGCGAGAUCGGGAUCGAAGCCACUGACCUGUCCAGCCUGCUGGAGCAGUUCGAGAAGUCUGAAGCCAAGAAGGAGGAGGCUCCUGCGCAGCCCCCCGAGGACAGGCGGCCGGCGGGGAGCACCGGGUCCGAGACGCAGCUGGAGAGGAAGCCCCCGGAUGGUCUGCAGGCCUCGGAGCUGGCCAACGUGGCAGGGCUCACCCCCCCGGCGACGCCUCCCCACCAGCUCUGGAAGCCGCUGCCCGCCGUCUCGCUGCUGGCCAAGACCAAGUCACCCGUCUCCGCGCCGCGGGAGGGGAGCCAGAGGACUGCCAAGCUCACGAAAGCCAAGCCGCUGCCCCAGAGCAAGCUGCCGGGGAGGAUCCCCGCGGCCACCCCCAGCCACGUGUGCUCGGGGGACCACGACUACUGCAUCCCGGGCACGGCGCGGCCGGAGAGCAGCAGCAGCAGCGCCGGCACGCAGCCCCCCGCCACCGAGAGCGGCUCCCGCUGGAACGUCAAGCACCACCGGGACAUCACCAUCAAACCCAUCUCCUCCUUAACCAAACGGACGCUGGACCAGCCCAAGGCGGCCCCCGCCACCACCGAGGGGCCCAGCCAGGAGCCCCCGGGGGCGGCCAGCCUAGCCCCCCUGGAUUAUCGGACUAGCGUCCCCAGCAAGGCCACCGCCGGGUGCAGCAGCCCCCCCACCUCGGUGCUCCUGUCUCCAGCCGCGUCCCCCUGCCGGGACCAGGAGGUGCGGCCCCCCAGUGCCCAGCCCAGGCGUGCUGCUGCCAAGAGGUCCCUGCGCUGCUACCGGAGACCCCGGGACUCGCCCAGCCCCUCUGCCGGCAGCUGGAGGGCUGGCCGCAGCCGUGCCAGCCGCUCUUUCAGCUCCAGUUCGGAUGGAGCUAGCGAGUCCUCAUCUUCGUCCUCAUCCUCAUCCUCCCGCUCCCGGUCACGGUCGUUGUCCCCACCGCACAAGCGGUGGCGAAGGUACCGCUCAAGAUGUUCCCACAGCUCCUCCUCCCGCUCCAGCUGUGGGUCGUGCGGCAGGUCCCGGGACAGGUCCUCGUCCUCCUCUUCCUCCUCCUCCUACUCAUCCAGGUCCCCGUCCCGCAGACAGUCCCGGUCCCGGUCCCCCUCUCCCCGCAGGAGGAGUAACAGGCGGAGACGAUACAGUUACGACGCACAGGACCACUACCAAAGGCAGAGGAUCCUCCAGAAGGAACGUGCAAUAGAGGAGCGGCGAGUCGUGUUCAUCGGCAAGAUCCCCAGCAGGAUGACGCGGUCAGAGCUGCGGCACCGCUUCUCGGUGUUCGGGGACAUCGAGGAGUGCACCCUGCACUUCCGCUCCGAGGGGGACAACUACGGCUUCGUCACGUACCGCUACGCCGAGGAAGCCUUCGCCGCCAUCGAGAGCGGGCACAAGCUGCGGCGCCCGGACGAGCAGCCCUUCGACCUGUGCUUCGGCGGCCGCCGGCAGUUCUGCAGGAGGAACUACGCCGACCUGGACUCAAACCGGGAGGAUUUUGACCCGGCCCCCGUCAAGAGCAAAUUCGACUCCCUGGACUUCGACACGCUGCUGCGGCAGGCACAGCGCAGCCUCCGGAGGUAGCGGCAGGCACGGCGGAGCGCCCGCCCCCGCUUUUGUACUCAAAAACAAAAGACAAAAAAAGUAUGGAGAGAGAGAGAGAGAGAGAUGAGGUUUUUAAGAAAAAGAAAAAGGAAAAAAAUUUGUUUUAUAAUCGAUAUUUAAGGAGGACGGGUCGUUUCCAUUCGAUCGGAGGGGCCCAGGCGGGUGGCAGCCCCUGGCUUGCCCCGGCCAUAUAAUAAAUGUGGAUGCCCAAACACC